AUUGUUUCAUCCAGCAAGGUAUAUCGGAUUCUCUGUCAACAGCUGCAUAUCAAAGAGGCUAACAAUGGCGAUGAUAAGAGGAGAUAAGAACCAAGUCUGCGCAGUUGCUUCGUUGCUCGCUAUUUUCUUUGUGAUUGGUAUUACUGAAUCUGCUCGCACUGAAAGCUUUGUCUCUGCUAGGAAGCUAUUGGAAUAUUCCAUUCAAGAAAAAUCAUGCUCCAAGAAUGACAUAGAGAUAUCUCAAGCUUCAAUAGAACCACUCGGUAAUGGAAUUCCGGCUUUCAUAGUUCAAAUACAGAACAACGGUGCCUCAGGUAGAAGAAUUUCCGAUAUUCAUGUCAGUUGUGGAUCGUUCAGCUCUGCUCAAUUCAUCAAUCCUAAAAUUUUCCGGCGAAUUGUCAUAAAUGAUUGCCUUGUCAAUGACGGAAACGCUCUUGCCCCUGGUGAAAUCAUCUCCUAUGAGUAUGCUAAUAGUUUUAAAUAUCCGUUAGUAGUUAGUUCAGUUGUCUGUCUUUAA